AGGCUACAUUGAAGUUGAAGGCAACCGAUGUACCAACGACAUUAAAGAUGUUGCACAAAUACGCAAGUGUUGCACUCAAUGGUGGUCGCACUAUUCAAUUCACCUUGGAUCCUAAUGUCUUUGGUAAUAAUCGAGAAGUUUUUGUUGAAUUUGAUGAAAUCCACAAAAUGUGUGAAUUGGAGCCUAUCGCAGCAUCGAGCAUUUGUGUCUACAUAUGGCACUUAUACAAGGAGUGUGAGGCUUCAAACAUUCUUGAUAGAAUUCGAUUUGUUGAUCCAUAUUUGGUAUCAUGCGAUCCAAGUGUUGACCAAAACGAACAAGCGAGUAGGUUAGGCCAGAGGUUGAUUGGUACCAAAAACAAUCAACUUGUUAUGAUGCCAUGCAAUGUAGGUUGGCAUUGGAUUCUUUUGGUGAUUGAUCCACAUAAAGAAACUGUAUAUGCGUUGGAUCCAUUGUUAGAUGGUACCCAUGUUGAGGAUUGGAAGAGCAUGAUGACGUUAGCCAUGAAAAUGUUCAACAUGAGCAUAGGAACAAGAGGGAUGAAGAAUCCUUCGUGGGAAACGAUCAAUGUAUGUAAUUCCUUACCUUAACAUUAUGUUUCACUU